CGCUUCUUACGCAAGGGAAGCUGGAUUUCACAUUCUCAUUACCAGCUAACAGCUGUUAGUGUCUGAUGAGAAGUACUUUCGGCGUGUGAAAUGGCAAUACAUGGUGUUAGAUGAAGCCCAGGCAAUCAAAAGUUCGAACAGUAUAAGAUGGAAGACACUGCUUAGCUUCAAUUGUCGGAACCGAUUGCUACUGACUGGUACACCUAUCCAGAAUAAUAUGGCAGAGCUGUGGGCCCUUUUGCAUUUUAUUAUGCCAACCUUAUUUGACAGCCAUGAACAAUUUAAUGAGUGGUUUUCAAAAGGAAUCGAGAACCAUGCAGAGCACGGGGGUACUUUGAACGAGCACCAGCUUAACAGAUUGCAUUCAAUUCUUAAGCCUUUUAUGCUGCGAAGAGUUAAAACAGAUGUAAUUUCUGAGCUGACCAGGAAAACUGAGGUUACAGUGCAUUGCAAGUUGAGUUCUCGCCAGCAAGCUUUUUAUCAGGCUAUUAAGAACAAGAUAUCUCUUGCCGAGUUGUUUGAGGGCAAUCGUGGGCAUCUUAAUGAGAAGAAAAUACUAAAUUUAAUGAAUAUUGUCAUUCAGCUGAGAAAGGUGUGUAAUCAUCCAGAGUUGUUUGAAAGGAAUGAGGGAAGAACAUACCUCCACUUUGGGGAGAUCCCAAAUUCUCUUCUGCCCCCUCCCUUUGGGGAGUUGGAGGACGUGCACUAUGCAGGAGGUCACAAUCCUAUAACAUACAAGGUACGUUCUUAAAGCUUUUUCUGCCUU